UUAGCGUUUUUCUACCUCAAUGUAACGCAGCAAGUGGUUGCUCAGUCCUCUGGCUCCGCACGAACACCCGGUCCCUGAUGGAAACCUCCUUUUCGUCUACCAAUAUAUCACACGAUGGAGUUGUUUGUUCGUCGUUAUUUCGGAAGGAGUGACUCCAUUCGGUCUACACUGACCCCAGACGUCAUUAAGGAGGACACUCUGAGGGACGACCUGAGAUACUACUUUAUGAGCCCUUGUGAGAAGUACAGGUCGCGACGGAUUUUGCCAUGGAAACUUGGUGUACAGAUUCUCAAAAUCAUCAUGAUCACCACACAGCUCAUUCUGUUUGGCCUGAACAACCAGCUGGUGGUCUCGUACCAAGAGGAGAACAGGAUGGCGCUGAAGAACCUCUUCCUCAAAGACUACAGCGGCAUGGACGAGGAUGACUACAGCAUCUCCGUCUACACCCAGCAGGGCGUCUAUGACUCUCUCUUUUACGUUCUCGAUCAGUACAGCCAGCUAGGCAACCUCUCGGUGGGUCCCAUCGGCUAUGCUGAUGAUGAGACUGGGGGGGUCCGGCCCCUUGUGGUAUGUAAACGCUACUACAAGAGGGGCACCUUGGAACCUUCGGACGACGCGUACGACAUAGAUGCCGAGCUGGAGCACGAUUGUUUCACAUGUCAUCCCAAGUCGCAAACACCAUGCAAAACCCAAAAUGCCUCAUUUUAUAGUUUUGAGUUCUACAGACUUGUGGACGUGGAGAUCACCUUCCACUUGAAAGGGAUUAAUCUGCAGUCAGUGCGUGCACGAGAGUUACCCGACUGCUAUGCUUUCUCUGUGACGAUAACCCUUGAUAAUCAGGGCCACAGCGGUAAGAUGAAGAUCUUCAUGGACAUUGACUCCGUGAGCAGUGCCUGCCUGGAAUGGAAGAUCUCAGGGACAGCCCAGAAAAAUACCCAAUACCUCCUGGUGUUCGACGUCUUCGUCAUCAUGAUCUGCAUCGCCUCGGCCGUCCUGUGCACUCGCUCCAUCGUCCUGGCAGUUAGGCUCCUCCAGAGGUUCACCAGAUUUUUCCAGGAGAGCUACAAUCGCAAACUGUGCGACGAGGACCAAAGCGAGUUCCUGAAUGGCUGGUACCUGCUCAUUAUCGUCAGUGAUCUCCUGGCCAUCGUGGGCUCCAUAUUGAAGAUGGAGAUCCAAGCAAAGAGUCUAACCAACUACGACGUGUGUAGUAUUUUUCUCGGGACCUCUACCUUAAUGGUGUGGUUUGGCGUUAUCAGGUACCUGGGCUACUUCGAGAAGUACAAUGUGCUGAUCCUCACGAUGAAAGCGGCUUUCCCGAAGGUGCUGCGCUUCUGUUGCUGUGCAGGCAUGAUAUACCUGGGCUACACCUUCUGUGGCUGGAUUGUCUUGGGGCCGUACCACGAGAAGUUCGAGAGCCUGAGCCGUGUGGCCGAGUGUCUGUUCUCGCUGCUCAACGGAGACGACAUGUUCUCCACCUUCGCCCAGCUGAAGGACAAGAACGCCGUGGUGUGGUUCUUCAGCCGGGCCUACCUCUACUCCUUCAUCUCCCUCUUCAUCUACAUGGUGCUGUCACUCUUCAUCGCCCUCAUCACCGAUGCCUAUGACACCAUCAAGAACUACCAGAAGAACGGAUUCCCGUUGACAGACCUGCACAAGUUCCUGAGGGAGCUGAGUGAUUUUGACUCGGUGGAGGAUGGAAGCCAGACUGGCGUGGGCUUUAACCCCCUCUGUUGCUGCCAGCGCCCGCUUGCACUUCUUUUUACACUCCACCGCUCGUUCCUCGUCCUGUGUUCCCGAAGGCUCGUCAUGCAGUGCAGGCGACGGCGGAACGCAGCGGAGUCUCCAUGCCGUGGGCUUGCCUGCGCCUGUGUGGUUUCAGAGCAAUGAAAUUAGUGGUGGAAGCGAAGGAGACACACCCAGUGAUGGGCCUGAUUACAGAGGCUGCUGGGAAGAGCCCCCCCCCCCCCUCCCGCUUUAUACCAGAUAAACAAGCCAUGGCCCAAGUUGAAUAGAAAGGAAAAGUUUUUAACUUUGCUGCUUGUGUUGUGUUUUGUUCUUUGUUUUUGAGGACACAAUUCGGUGAGGUUGUUGGGUUGAUCUCCCACGGUCUUAAGUUUUAGUUGUCGCUGAAACUGCAGCUUGUGUGUCAAGUGAUGUACUGAAACAAGAAAUGGUAGAAGCUUAAUCUACCGCACAUACCUUAACACAGCUGUGAGUCUGUUACUUCCCGUUAACACCGGUUAUGAUUUCAAAGUAAACCUGACCAACAUGAGCACCAUUUCCCCAGCAUGUGACUCGUUCGCUCGGUUUGCUUCUGCAUUCAUAAUGUCGAUUUUAGUCUUAGGUCUUAUGUACAUGUCUAGCUCAAACACGUAUUUGGGGAAGGAGGUACCCUUCAAUUCCUUAGAAGCCUCGUUCUUAUUCAAGCAAAUACAUUUCUCAUGCUAUAUUUUCUCCCAAAAAAAAUUCUCUAAUGAAUGAUUUACUGUCAGCAUCGCGAUGAAUCUACUUGUCAUCUAGGACAUAAAGGACUUGCUUUAAUUAGUGUUUCUUUCACUCAAGUUUCUGCUAUUCUGACUUUCUUUGCAGCCUGAUCGAAUUUGCAUGGCUUUUCUUCACUUGAGAGUGCUCACAAAUUUGAUUAGUAUUUUCAGUGAGACUGUCUUGAUAACCUAUGGGAUGAAAUUUCAUCCAUGUGCCAUUAGGCUUGUCACAAAGGAUUUCCUGCUAGGCUCGUGAAAUGCAUAAUCUGGUUUGUUAACAAGCUGAUGGUUAAAGGCCGUCCUGGAGCACUUAUGUGGUAGGGUUCAAGACUCUGGCCUUCAUAAUGUCUCCAGAUGCGAAAGCAGUGCAGCGUUGAUUGCAAUGUAUCCAAGUUAUGUUAGAUAUACACGGGAAAUCCUCCACAAUGAAACUAAGUUACACCCACGUUAAAGGGGCCAUAUUAUACCACCAGGUGUGAGUGUGAUUAGCCCUUACAAGCCGUUUAGAAAAUCUGCCCCAUAUGACAUCACUAGUGGGCGUGUCCACCUAGAUCUGUGCUGGAUAGAAGAGCAACGUUUAAUUCAGUCCACUGGGAAGGCUGGUAGACUCUUGUCAAAAUGUCUCAUCCCUGUUUUUUGCAAAAUUUGCACCUGUUGCUGCUUGUCGAUGUUGCUGAAAUAUGAGUGGAUAACAUAUCUAGUCUCUUGAAUAACAUGGUGAUUCACCGAUGAAUAGGAAGCAUUGGGAACCACCAGUUCCACACAUUCCUUCAACUGUAGAACAGCAAAAUGGAGGAUUGAUCUUGUGGUCAACCCAACCUGUACACUCAGUAACACGGGAGAACAGGAAGAGGAAGUCACCUUAACCUUUAUUGUUUAUAUGAAUUUAAAUGAUGGAAACAUGAAUAGCAUAAUAUCUUUACACCCUUUAAAAUCAACUUGAUUCUUUGAUUCUUCUUUCAACCAAAAGUCUCAAUUUGGUUUGAAUUU